CGUACCGGAAUUGAAAGCGAUGCACUACAUCAAUGCUGACGGCCCGUAUGAAUGCUACUGUCUGAUGGAAAACAUAGGAUGGAUGAAGAACAUUAGGUUCAGAGAAUACCAAGAAUGGCUAAGAACUCUUUCCAAGGAUCAAAUGGUGGAGGCUUACCGUUUCCAUAAAUUGCAAAUGCAACUUAUCCUUCUGGCUAGGGGCAACGGUAUUAUGAACAACUACAUGGAUCAUGAACAACAACUCGUGUUCAAGGAGGCCUCACAUGCUAUGAACCUGGAGGCCAUACUUGAGGCCUAUCCGGACGCUCUCUUCAUCCAGACGUAUCGUGACCCCUGUGCGUCCACCGCGUCGCUAGGCUCCUUGUGUGAGGUUUUUAUGGUAACCCUGGGGUAUAGUCCAGAGAACAUAGACUUGGCACGUCUCGGUCAGGAUAUUCUGCGUUCCUCUCAGGUCCACGGUGGAAACGAGAUGGCGAGGUUUAGGAAAGGUCACCCGGAGGAGGAGUACCGAUUCUGCGAUAUCAAGUAUGAAGAUAUUGUUGCAUCCCCUUUGAAUGUGGUGAGGAAGAUUUACAGUUUCUUCGGCUUGACGUUGACGGCGCUAGGGGUAGCCAAGAUGACGGCUUACGUAGAGAAACACCCGCAAAACAAAUAUGGCCGCCACAAGUAUGCUUUAAAGCGUUAUAAAUUGACAGAGGAAGAUGUCAUGGAACAACACAAAGAGUUUGUAGAGUUUUCCAAAGCCCGUGGUCUUCUUUAGCGAUAUUAUGAAAUGACGAUGACCAUGACAUAAUCACUGCCUAACAUAUUAAAUUUGAUAUGUAUAUUCAAUUAUAAUCGCCCAUCUAAAAAUGAUAAAAACAUGUGUAGAAAUUUGGUUCGAAAAAACAUUUUGGCUGGAAAUGGUCCGUUUGAGAUCAGAAAUCAAAAUUUGAUUAGUGUUCUAUGUCAUUUCUCCAGUUGGGUCAACUGGAAAGGUAAAAAGGUACAUUUUUCCAGGAAAAACUGAAAACACUGGUUACAACCUGGAUAUUGAACGAGAGAGAGAAGGAGGAUCAGAGAGAGAGAGAGAGAGAGAGAGCAAAUUUCUUUUCCCGCUUAUGUAUAAUGAUAAUGCAACACGACAAAUUCACAAAUCUAAAUACGGGAUGAUGGUUAAUUCAUUGGAUAAGAUGUGUUAGAGGUGCUUCCUCUACAAAAAUGCGUUAGCUGAACUGUAAAAGCCAUUCUGAGAAACUCGGGUGAUCUCAUGAAAUCAUACAUGUAUGUCCUCUUAUUGUGACGAAAAUAUACAUGAGUAUGCGCAAUGUAACCAAAACUCAUGCAUAAAACCAUAAUAUUUUUUUCAUGUUCAGAAAUAUUUGUUACAUAUACUGGUAGCUGUGUACUGUGGAUGUCAUGAGUUAGGUGAGAGCUAAUUUGGCGGAGAGUAUUGCGUGAAGAAUUCGGAGAUUGAAGACCAAGUGGCCGCAGAAAGUCAGAUACCAAGGUCCAUUAUUAGACCUGUAUGUGGCGUUUUUUACAUGAUCAGUCAAUAUGGCAGUUCUUCAAGUGAUAUACGAGUUCUGCCUUCCAUGCUUGCGUGUCUUACUUGACUGGUUAUUCCGCAUUGUGCUCCGAAGUCGACUGAGUCCUCUCACAGAGGAA